GCUCAGGAUGUUCGGGGCUGCCUUGGCCGCUUAUCGCUUUGUCGGUCGAGUCAAGGGGCGGUUUUCGGAGUAUGCCAAGAAGAGAAAGGCUUUGAAGUUAGCUCGCGAGAAAGCUGCUUCCAGGAGCUCACGGCGACUAGAACGUGCCUUCGCCUAUGACGAGUAUGAAGAAGAGGAAGCAGAAGAAGAAGUCCGAACGGAUGAUGAGGAACUCGUCGAUGACAUGGAGGAUGAAGAAAAAGAGCGCCCCAUGUUCGGCGAUUUGGAGCUGCGACCAGAUGCAGACGGAGAUUCACAGAUGCGUGAAAGCCGCGAUGAAAAUCAGCUCACUGAGUGGGACGAGGUUCUCUCAGAUGGAGAAAUCGAGGAGUUGAAUCAGCUGGUCCGGGAGCUGCAACCAAAACUUCAAGCGCCUGAGGAGAUUCAUGCUCAGGACUUGCGAAUUCGAAGAGAGAUGGUCAAGCGCCGGCCGCUCAUCAAGUUCAACGCAGUCCUGUUCUUCGGAGAGGGCGCUCGUUCGGCACGAGGAUGCGGUAUUGAUGGAGCCGGGGCUCUAUGGAGCUGCCCCGGGAAGCCGAGACCGCGGCACAUCCCGCAGUUCAUCAUCGUGACAGGUCACAAGCAAAGAAAUCGAGGGAACAUGGGCAUCAACGGCUUUUACCAGCGAUUCGACGAGGAUUUUCACGGUCGGCCUGUCUACCAGAAGAUCAUGGAGAGGCGGCAAGUGAGGAAUCACCAAGUGACAGAGACCGGCGACCUGGAACUUACCGCAGAGGACAAGUUCAUCCGUGUCUGGAAGCCACGCUCACAAGAAGCCCUGGUGCUUUCGAGGCGUUUCCAGACCGUGAGUGAAGUGCCCACGGAGGAUGCCGAGGACGUCAUGGUCUACCCGAAGCUUCUGGCCUCGAAGGAGAACUGGUUCCUCUUCUUCGAUGACCGACGGGGCGCUUGGUGCAUCGGUCCCGCCAUUGGUGCCAUCGAGAUCUAUGCCAAGUGCUUCACAGUCGAAGAGGCCAUCCCCUGCAAUUUGGGAGAAUGGCAGAUGUGGGACAUCGGCAGGAAGGAAUGGUACACCAACAAGGGCAUUCGCCUCAUCAAGGUGGGCUGAGGCCUGGGCCACCUUUGAAUUUUUAGGCCUUGAAAAUCGUAAAUCUGGAAAUUGCAGCAGAGUAUAGUAGAGUCUCAGUUGAAU